AUGUCUGUUACAAUGAAUCGGAGUGGUUUAUCAUUAGCUUCGUCCAGUUUUUCUCGUGGAACUGGUGGUGCUAUGAAAACUUCAUAUUCGCGUCCAGUUGCUGGUAGUACUACAUCAUCUUCUUCUUUUUCCUCUACAAGAACCUCUAAACCGCCUAGCCGAAGCCUUCCUUACGGGCCCGGCCCGACACUGCCAAAUCGACCUACGAUCGACCACGGGAAGUUUAAAUUUAUUGCGUCCCACUCUGGUACAAGCACAUCACGGGAAGGAACUUCACAUGUUAAUAGUUGUCAUCGACCUAGUGCAAAAAACUCUGCAACGACCCAAAGAAAAGCUUCAGAUGACUCUGGAUACGGGAGUAGUGGAAAGGAUUAUGCAUAUGCUAGUAAUUUUGAAUAUGGUAGUUUGGCUGGCCGAAAAUCAAAAUCAUUUUCCCAGCUAUAUUCUAAGGAUAAAUCUAUCGAUUCGUCCCCUUAUUACCGGACUCGGACUGAGUCGUUUUCUAACCGUGGAGUUAGCGACAAGAUGGGGUCACAUCACACCUCACAAAGAAGUACUGAACGCGAUUAUUUGAGCUCUAAACACUAUGCUAAUACUAAUACUAGACAAAGUUUAUAUCAAUCAACAACACACUCAGACUUCAGAGAUCCCAAGGCCGAAGACAGUAGUACUAGGACCUCAUUCACCAAACCUGCAUAUUCGCGUACACUGGACAGAGACACCGGAUAUGGUAACAAAAACAAUGUUAACAUCACUGAUGUUGAAAAAUCUCGUAAAGCUACCAUUACUGCUUCUCCAGCUGAUCUCAAAUGCUCAAGAAGAUCAUCGUUAAGUUCAUCAAAUAAUUCAUCUCCUUCGGUAAGUGAGUGGAUGAGCUUAUGUUUAUAAGAUAUGGACAGUGUGCAAGUUUAUUUGUUUAGAACGUACACUUAUCGCAUUUCUAAAUGGAGUGAUAGUGAUAUAACUAAUCAAUUAAUUGGGCAUAAAUAUUUGUGCCAAUUUAUUGAUGUUGUUAGAUGUAAUAUAAAUUAGCAAACCCGCAAGUGUAAAAAGUGAUUUUUUUUGCAAGAUAUAUCUUUGCCACUGGAUAAGCAUAACUUAAGGUUAUGUUGAUGUGGUUUUAUAAUGUUUGUUUGGCAUGGUGCUAUGGACACUGCUUGAACCAAAUCUUUCACGGAGCAAAAUGCUGGUGUGAUAAAAUCACCUGUUCUUGCAGCAGUUCUCAAUAAUACUGACUGGUGCGUACGCUUCCUUUGCGCUUGGUUGACCUUAGUCAAGUUUGAACUUGCCAAAUGUUUCAAUGUAUGAUAACAUUUCGUGCAAAAAGGAGCUGGAAGGUAGCUUUUCCCAUAAAUCACUAUCAGAAGCUAACUUCCAAGCUAGUGUAAAUUGAAAGAAUAUGCUUUUGUAUUAAAAAAAGAUAGCUGAAUUUGAAGGGUUGAAUGUCACUGCACAAGAAUGAAAUAGAAUGUGCAUCAAAUAAUAAUAUUGUUAUUAUCAUACAAAGCAAUUUUUUUUUCUUUUCAUUGGCCGAGAACCCACCACGUGACCUGCAAAUAAUUGCCCACAAAUAAUGGUCUGCUCAUGCACAAUGCUGUCCAACAGUGUGUGGCUGCAAAUAUCAUUCUGCUCAUGCGUAAAGGAAACUGUGCUUUUCUCCUUCUUGUGAUCAUCUCUUGCGUGAAAAUGGCAGAUGGCUUUUCUUCCCAACGAUAUUCAUUAAAAAAACAAACUUGGUGAUCGAAUGAUAAAACAAUUAUUGAAAUCGGUUAUCGCAAAAUAUUGUGAUUUGUCAGUGUCUCGCAGAUCAAUUUAUUAUUUGCCUCAACCUUUGGCUUCGGCAAAUAAUUGAUCUGCUCGCCACAGACAAAUCAUGAUAUUUUGCUCAACCUUGUCCAAUAAUUGUUAAUUGUUUGUCAUAUGCACUGUAAAAUUUUAUUACUGAAUGAAUUCUUUUCUUAAACUGUUAAUUACUAGGGUAUCAUAAGGUUCUUUUUUUAAUAAUAUAAAACUUUUUCUAACCUUUAAAGUUUUUUCUUAACACUGGUGAUUUUACUGCUAUUGAUGUAGCAGGACUUUUGAAAAGAAUUUUUUAAAAAUGUAAAGUUUAUUUGUCAUUGAGAACUGUUGUAAACGUGUUGAUAAGCAGAUUUACUAAUAUAUUGUACAUAUUUCCUGUGAAAAGGUAUAGGGUAACUUCCCUCCUCCCUCCUCCCCAAAAAUAUUCACUGGUACUUCAAUAGCAUUUUAAGGUUUUUCUGGGACACCCAGUAACUGUUUUUCUUGGUCGACAGUGUAUAAGAAUCUAAAAGACACUGAUCUGUUCAAGGACUUAUCGCUCGGAUAGUUAUUUUAACUAAAUGUAACCACUAACAUUGUAAUUUUGCAUUCAUAACAUUAUAAUAAUUAUUAAGGCUUCUUUUGUCUUCUCUUUUGUUAUUUAGAUUGCCAGAGUGAAUCAUUUGCUCAGUUAUGCUGAUGAUACUAAUUUUGUUGACAAUAAUAAAUUGAAAAAACAUCACAGUUUAGAUGUAAAUCCACAUUGAAUAAAUGGCCAAGUUAGAGGACACAAAAUAAUUAUUUAAAACAAUGGUUAAGUUGUGUUUGAAAAUAACUAGUUUUAAAAAACAAACAAACAAACAGAAAUAAUUAACAUGUUUAUGCAUGCUCAGUAAAUCUUUGCUUUAUUUUAAUUAAAUUUUCAACAAUUAUUGGAAAAUUUCCAAAAUACAGUGUGUAACGUUAAGUGGGGAAAUUGAACAAUUUGAACAUGCACAGUUUUUGCUGUCAGAUUUUCAAUAAUGAUAAUGGUAUACAUAUUUUAUUGUAAGGGUUUGUUUAAUAUUCUGGUCAAAACCAAUGAAAUUCAACCNCAUUUGAAUUUAGCUUGCAAGUUUUCCUAGUCCAAAUGUUCUUUUGGUUCUUUACACUUGAUUAUUCAAGAUUCUGGGCAAAAUAGUGGCUCUUGCAGGCGAAUUCAUUUUCAUUCUAGGAAUUUACUCUUGUCUUCUCUGGAUAUUCUGGGCUAAACGAAGUCAGCAUGCCCCCAAACACAUACCAUCUUACAUUAAUAGACAGAAACAGCCUGUCAAGUAUUUAAAAAGUUAUUUGCAUGUUGUGGUGAGUUGAUUGUUUUUAAAUUUCAAAUCAUUAAAAAAAUGAGAGAAAGUUUUUGUUUUAUAUUUCAAUGAUGUCCAUUUGUGAACAAUUAUUGUACAUGUAUUAAUGAUAUAAUAUUUGUUCUCUUCUCUUACAGCCAACUGGCAGAGGAAAUUCUGAUGGUCUAGUUGGUUUGCGUAAUUUAGGAAAUACGGUGAGCAUGUAAAAUUGUAGGCAAGGAGUUUAAUCUGUUCUUUAACAACUGUGUCGCUGAGUGGAGGUGGGUGCCUGGGAUGUCCAGGGGCUUCCACCUUUGGCACGGCCAGCCCCUAGACAGAGUUACGCCCCCAUGGCUGGCAAACCCGCGCCCUCCAGCCAUGAGCCCCCACGCCAAUGGAACCAGGCACCCGUCACACUGAUUUAACAGUGGAAGAAUUAAGGGGGGGGGAAGGGAUGGGGGUAAAAGAAUGAUCCAAAGGCUAAACAAAGAGAAUGGCCGCCACGAAAACACUGUACUGAGGACAUGGAGGUGAUGCAAGCAAGGCUGACCACGCUUGAGCCAAAUGACUGACCGCUGACCACGCUCGUGCUCCUUUUUGUUAACUCUGUUAAAUAAAUAUUUAUUUAACCUCAUAAAAAGCUUAUGAAAAAUAGUAAAAGAAUUUAUGCUGGUCCUGAUUUUUCAGUAAAGGUUGACAGAUGAGCUUAAAACAAACAAACUAUUAUCAUGAUGCAUACAACAAAAGAAACAAUUUGGGGCAAAAUUUUACGAGCAGUUUUUGUCUCAGGUGACUAAAACUUGUAAAGCACUCUUUUUGGCACUCAGUAUAAUGAGUAAUAUUUGUCAUGUGCAACAUUUUCCGUCAGCUUUGAUACUGCUUGUUUUGGACGUGGAAAAUCUAAGAAACGCUUGUCCUAAUGGACAAGCAAAACAGAAAACCUUUGCUGGCCCUGGUGGUGGUGGUGGUGAUUGUCUAAAUUGUUUCAUUGUACUUUUUUCCAACCAAAAAUUUCUAUGUCUGUUCUCUUUUCAGUGUUUUAUGAAUUCUAUUCUUCAAUGUCUAAGUCACACACGACUUUUAACGAAUCAGUUGUUGAGGGGUAGUCACACAAAGAAAAUCAACAGUAGUAGUGGCAUGAAAGGAAAGCUUAUACACGGUAUGUAAAUGUCAAAUUGGUUAGGCCUAUAGGAUAGGUCUAUACCCACCCCUUGGAGAGUAAUUGGAAAAGUACUAAAUGAGAAGUAUUUAACUCUUUAUACCACAGUGAAUGAUGGCUCUAUGGUUAAGUUGGGUCUAACUUUUGAGUCUCUCCAUGAAAUCCCAAAGUGUGACCAUAAGCUUCUGAGCAGUACUUUCCUGUGGUAUUCUUUGUUAUGUUGCACAAGGUGAUUCAAACUUUUGAGUCUGUGGUUGAAAUCCUAAUGUGUGACUAUUCAAAUGAAACCUCUUCAGGAGUAUGCUCACAUGGUGCUUUUCAGUUUUUUCUCAAUUUUUACAACUUGAAAUUUGGAUUUUUUCGAGUCUUGAUUUAGCCCACUUCUGGGAUUGAAACAAUUAACCUAUACUGGGUUUGUCUGACUGUGUGUGUGUGUGUGAGAGCCCAAUAAAGCUUUAUUUGUUUAUUUUAUUUCCAGAAAGAAGGGGUAGUAGGGUAUGGAUACUUUCUGCUUCAAUCUUCAUGAUUAAAGGCCAGCAACUAACUAAGUGAUCUUUUUUUUGACAGCAUUUGCAGACCUGCUUAAAUCAAUGUGGAAGCCAGGGAAUAGUGAUGCUGUAUCACCACACACAUUCAAGACUCAAAUCCAACGAUUUGCACCACGAUUUGUUGGUUACAAGUGAGUUUUUCUCUUGUGUGUGUCUCCAGUUACUCAAGAAGCUGCACAAUGCGCCAGGGCUGUCAGAUUUCGAGUUGCUAGGUAUAUGUCAAUGGCAGGAAAUUGAACAGCGAAGAAGUUCUUUAUGUUCAUGUUUUAUUUUUCUUUAAUUUUGUGGAUGUUGCUUAUAGUAGCUAAGGGAAGUCACUAUGUCUGGCUGCCAGCAACAACCCUGAUGCACCCAGAUUCUUUUUUGAGGUGGAUAAAAAUUUCCAAACCUUUUCAUUAUUUUGUAAACUAGGGUUUAGGGUGUGUGAAAACAAGCAAUAGGUCAAACUUAUGCAUUUGUGAAACUUGUAAAUAAUUUAUUUGUGGUUUUGUUAUUGUUUAUAGUCAACAAGAUGCCCAGGAGUUUUUACGCUUUCUUUUGGAAGGCCUGCAUGAUGACUUGAAUCAAGUCAAAUCCAAACCAAAGUACACACCUUGUGAAUUUGACUAUAAGCUCAGGUAAAAUUUCUUUUAAUCUAAAGUGAAAUUAGUAGGUGAUAAGUACCAUAUGGCAUAUGUCUGGAUUUUUCAUGAACAUUGCGAUCUUCCAACGUUUGAAAUAAUAAUAUUAUUAGCUCCUGUGAAAAUAUACUUCCUUAAAAGAAAAACUUAAAAAAUAAACAGCAAAUUGUAACUCCUCAGUCUCUUUUACAUAACCAGUUACAAACUAGGUGUCAACCUUUUCUUUUCAAUGAAUUGAAGAUACUCGAUGAACACUUUUUGCAUCUCAAAGUUACUUUUUAGGGAAGUUAUCUGUUAGAUCAGCUCACUUGACAGCCUGGAGCCACAGGGGAAUUGGAGGUCGAAUUCAAAUUCCAGAGACAUAUUUGCAAGCUCUGCUUCCUUUUCCCACCUUGCUGCCUGACCCCCCUGGAGAGCUUGCUUGCAGGCUACUACAAGACUUUAGUGUGACCAGUUUUGGUUACUAACAGCAGCUUUACUUGUGUGCCUCACUGAUCUAAUUCUUAACAAUGUAGUCUUUUCUAGCCUAGCCUAUGGUCAGACCCAAUUAAUAAGGAAACUGGGCCAGAGGUAGUCUGAAAUGUCAUAUGUCUUCACCCCCAUGUGUUAGGGGGUCGAGAUGUGUGGCUUUUCAGACUAGGUCAGAGAAAGUGAAUUUAGAGAAAAUGUAAGUGCUUUCUUUUCCCAGCGACAAAGCAUUUACUGUCUGCAGUAAUAUAGUGUCUGUAUUAACAGGUGUCCAUCAAGCAGAGUUUGACUACACAGCCAUCUUUCAUUGCCCCCUACUACUCAGCUGGGGAGCAGUAAGAGGCAGCUGUAUGAUUCUUAGGCUAGGAAAAAACUAACAUUUAAGUUUUCUGUUGUCACUUUUAGUCAUAAAGAGAAUGCAGAAAAGUCAUGGAAAAGCUAUAUUUCCCGGGACAACAGUUUGAUGACUGGUAAGUCAUAUGUUACCUCUGCAUAAGCUACCUUGUAUUUACUACACCCCACAACUGGAUAAUGGAUUUGUUAUGACAUAGUAUUUAAUUUGAAUUUUUUAUUCGCUCCCAGAUUUGUUUGUAGGACAGUUGAAGAGCAUGUUAACCUGUUGUACGUGUAAUUACACAUCAGUUACUUUUGAUCCAUUUUGGGAUCUGUCUUUGCCCAUUCCCCGGGUGAGUACAGAAGUUGUUUUUUGAAAGCUUAUUAUAAUAAACAAUUAGAACCGUGAUGUCAGUGAUAACAAAAACAGCAACAACAACGACAUAAGGCAAAACGUGAACCCUUCUCUGCAGACCGUUUUUUGCAUCUUUUAGUACAUUACUCUGCCGUCUGUAAUGUGGCGUUAUAUGGAGGGUGUGAACAAAAGAUGCUGAUCGUUUUUCUCAAAUUAAUGUGGAUGUAGACUGUGAGCAGUCUUUUUUUCCUUAGUUUUAGUGAGGGGAGUGUAUGCGCGCGCGACUGGUGAGACACGAGAAAUGGGGCAGACAGUCACGCGCGUGGUCAUUUUCAAGUCUAGCGAGUUUACUCGACAGACUAAGAAAAAAGAGAGCCCUUCACCUCUUUGGCUUGGGAAGGUUAAAACAGAAACAAUAUCCUCUCCCUAGUCCUCAGCUCUAUCACUAGCCUUCCAGACUUACCACGACUUGUUGCUGCUUUUACAGCAAUCAGGUUCUUUGUCCUACUCUGGAAGAAGGUCGAUCGCUUCUGAUGAUCGAGAUAGUGACAUCAGAGAUUGCAUGCUAUCUUUCACUAAAGAGGAAGUCUUGGAUGGUGAUGAGAGACCUGUAAGUUAAUUUUUACAUCAAUGUAAAUAUGCUUGGAUCAAUUUAGGUUUCUAGGAAACUGCCCACCUACCCCUCCCCUAAGCCAACAUUAUCACUUACUUCUCACUUAGGGCAAAAUGUUGGCUUAGGGAAGGGGUAGGUGGGCAGUUUCCCCGAAACCUAAAUUGAUCCCAUAUGCUUUUACUUAUCUGCAUGCGUUCUGCUAGGGAUAUGCGCGCCAUUCGAUCCUUAUUUUUCGUAGAUUACCCUGGUUCGCAAGCACCCUGAAAGUCCUUGAAAAUUGCAGUUGGUGCUGGAAAGUCCUUGAAUUUCAAUGCUAGCUUAAUAGCUUAACUAAAACUCCAAAGAAAAAAGAGAAAACACAGAAAGACCUUGGGUAAAGUUACUCAUGAUGUGGAAGAACUAACAAACACAGACUCAAGACUCUUUUUUGCACGGAGUGAAGUCCUUGAAAAUUGGGUAAUGUGUCCUUGAAAGUUCUUGAAAAGUGCUUGAAUUAUUUGUUCAAAAAAGGGUACCAACCCUGGAUUACCUUAACGAGGUUAAUAUGCAGGGUUGCAAGUACACUUAAUUUUGACUUCUCACAGCCUGGAACCUCAAAUUUUGCACUUUUUAAUCUCAAGGCAACCUGAGAAAACAGCCUACAUUUCGCGAUGCCACUUCUAGUUACCCCGCGAAAUGACGUCUGAGUAACGAUAGUCUGCUACACAGCCGUUUUUAGUGAAGGAGCGUUGCGUGACGACACUAAAAACGACUGUGUAGCAGAGUAGAGUAACGAGUGCACCUGACAAAUUCCACACUGAUGAUGUGUCACUACCCCGAUCUAGGUAGUACUUCUCAGUGGAUUUUCGUGUCUCCGACGGCAAUUCGCGGGGCUGAUCCCGAGGCUAUUCUGGCCAUGUUAGAACUGUGUAAAGGGUUACACAGUUGUAAUUCAUCGUUAAUAUCUUUUAAUGAACGAUUCUGCAGGUUUUGACCCUUCUCAGCAAGCUCUUUAAUUCAAGGUUUGCCUCAUGCAGGCCCGGUACCGCCAGCGUUACAUGUUUAUUAAAACAGUAUUUUGUCGUUUUGCCCUAGACUUGUGACAAGUGCAAAGCCAAGAGAAAAUCAACGAAGAAAUUCUACAUCCAGAGAUUUCCUCCAAUCCUUGUUCUCCGUAUCCUUUGUAAUCCUUCUAUAAGUUUGAAGUAAAGCCAACCUAUCACUAACAUCUCGCUUCAGGCAAAAAGUUCGGUGAGGGGAGGGGUGGUCGAUUUGCAGCGACUAUUAUUCAUAGGGCAACAAUGUUGGAACAACGUUGUAACAAAAUACGAAUCGUCCCAUGUAAUAUCAACUUAGACUGCAAAACAGUCUCAAAAUCAGUAAAGAAAUCGGCAAAGCGUGGCGUAAGAGUCUUACGCGCGAACUGCGUGAGCCUCAGUCUCCCCAGUCUCACUCUCUGUUUUCAGCCUCGCUCCAGACCUUUUGUUUGACUACUCGCGCGUACUUGAAUACGCAAAAAUACGGACUGUUUUGCAGUCUAAUAUCAACUUAACGCUGAUAAACAAUAGUCAACGCCUACAGUGAAAUAAAAGCCCAGAGUUUAGAUCGCCGUAGAAGAUUUUAAGGACUUAGCCUGUUCCGGGCGUUCAGAUAGUAGAGCGCGGAAGAAAAAUUUACGAAGAAAAAAAACUUGACUCUCUCCCCAUUUACCGCCGUGCUCUACUAUCUGAACGCCUGGAACAGGUUAUUAAGGACUGCAUUAGCAUGCUCUGGGAUCUCACUUAUUAUAGAACAAAUUUGUUAUCUGCUUUGUGUCCUGGUCGGUUUUUACUUUAGGUAGCUGAUUGAAAAUUGUAUAAGUGGUCUUUUUGCAUUCAAUGUUUUGUCCUUAACAGUAUAUUGAACAGAUUUAAAGCGUUUCUCUGGAUUCAGUUUCCGCUCAAAGCUUCAGUCUAAUGUAGAUUUUCCCAUGAAGUUGGAUCUUGCAGAGUUCUCUGCCGAUCAAGGUAAGAUCACUCUGAGGCUCAUCAAUAACAACCGUUUUGUGAGCAAAAUCAUCGCAUACGCCCUAAACCGCCCCGGAAAAAUUAUAGCAGCUGCCAAGCGCGCGUGAGCUUAUAACUGUUGCCAUGCGCAGGGAACAGGUAGCCGAAGAGCACGGGAACCACGCACAACCCAAACGUGCAAGCAGUGUUCUUCACGGGGUCACGCUUGAACACUGCCGCCCGGUUAGUUCAACUGGACGAGCGCCGGUCUACCUACCGAGCGGGAGACUGCGAGUUUAAGCCCUGGCUGAACCACUACUCAUUCUUAAGUUCUAUAAAGAACCGAGAGGAAAGUACUGGCUGGCUUACUACGUGCGCACGCGUCCUCCAAAUGUCUCCCUUCGCCCUAAUCGGCGCCUGCUACGAAGGCUGCCCUUAUGAUUGCAUUAACUCAGUCAAAAUUGCGUUUUAUUUUUCAGAACGCCGGUCAGCGGUUUACUCUCUUUACGCAGUCUCAAAUCACUCUGGAAGCACUUAUGGAGGUCAUUACACAGCUUACUGCAAACAUCCAGUAAGCAACGACUGGCAUUGCUUUAAUGAUUCCCGGUAAGGAAGUCGUUGAAAUAUGUACAUUGUGAAAUGAUUAACACCCAAACACAAAACUCGGCGGCAAAAUUACUGCGUGAGAAAGGGGAUUUUAAUGAAAGGUGGUGGAAUGUGUGAGAAACCUUUGAGGUCCCACGAGCUUUUUUAAAUGAAAUAAGGCUAAAAACCCUUUAAAUCAUACAUGAGAAUUGGUUUAAAUGCCGCGUUGUUGCCCUCAAUCAAUUCGAAUUUUCAUUUUGGAACAUUUUACCGUUCCUUUCUUGAAUCCUCUCCUCCCUUUGGCUAUUGAAUGUUGGAAAAAAAAAGAAACUUCUCGUAUCUUCCCAUUUUGCGCAGAACGUUUGCGUAGCACCAAAAAAGGAACUUCUUUAUUUAGUAUACGCGUAGGGGGCAUGCAGUCAUUUCAAAAAAGAAAAGAAAGUGCAAGCAAAAAAAGCAUGUGGAAGACAGUUAGCUGUUUAGAGUUUCUGACAACUGAGUCGAUCUAUUGUAAAUGAGGGAGGAAAUUCGCAGUGCCUAAGUUUAUUCAGGAAAUUUUAAGGAACGCUGUCGGGUUCAAAAGGCUAAGCUGAUUAUUUUUAAUAGCAGUCUUGGGUGGGGCUAGUAAAACUUCUAAAAAGUAAUUGAAUACUGUCCAGUGUGAACAAUUGAAGCGGCUAAAGACAACGCAAUGGCUGAACAGAACCCGAAGCAUCUUAGCCUGCGUAGCAAGCGUUUCCAAUCGAGUUAUGGCGCGAAAUUAGAGCCGGAGCAUGUUUCGAGUGCUAAGUAAUCAACACUACCAGCCACGCACCAAUCAGAAGCUGCGGUCGUGGGCGAACGCAGUUUCUCAAAAUCGUGGGGUUUGCGGGCAAGCGUUUCCUUCCUUCCCCUCCCCCUCCGCUGUCAUUCCUUUUUUUCGCUGUCGUCCCAACUUUUCUCGACGAACUCGCGCGGAAACGCUUGCUACGCAGGCUAGAAGCAUCUACGUACUUUGGUCACGUUCUGUUAUCUUAUCUUUGUCUUUUUCUUCCUUUUUUUGUAGUGUGGAUUCUUUGUCUUCGUCAAGAGUGCGGGGAUCUCAAGCCUACAUCUUGUUUUACGAGCAAGUGGGAACAAGUCCGCGAGAAAGUAGAAACAAAUCUUCUCUCUGA